AUGACCACAAUGACCGUCACCGAGACCCUCACCCCCAUUGCCGCUGCGGCCCCCCUUGCCAAACCCGCGCCCACGUUUGACGACGCUAUCAGUGUCUCCGUCGUCGACCCCACAACGGUCCCAGCUGAGCUCAAGGACCUGUUCGACCUCCUCCGCGCGGAUGCCAAAGCCAUCUACGCCGCAAACAUCCUCCCCUCGUUUGGCAACACCCCAGCCAUGCCCAAUGGCGGCCACCUCGGCUCGGUCAUCCUCAACGCCUGCCUCGCGCACCAGGCGGCCAACAACGAGCUUCUCUGCCGCGAUCCCCUCUCCAUCGCCUUCGACUACCUCGCCCCGACCAACAUGGGGCCCGCGUUCGUCGUCGUGCGCAACAAUACCCGCGGAGGACGCAAGAGCGGCAUGCAGGACGUCCAGGCCGACAUGUUCCAGCUCCAAGAGGUCAAGACCAGGGACGCCGACGCCCCCCGCGUGCAACUGCUUGUGCAGACCAUUCGAAGCUCGGCGCUGUUUGGCACAUUCUCCACCAAGGGCCCCUCCGCCGCCUACUCGGACCACUUUGGACCCCGUCCCCCGCUCGAGGACACGCCCGCGCCGCAUCCCAAGAGCUGGUACCUCCCGCCCAAGGUCGCCAUGCUGUCGCACCAGCUCGACCUCCUCGUGCAUCCCGAGACCGAGCGCCGCCCCCGCGCCGACUACUGGAUCCGUUUCCACCCGCCCGGCGUGCCCCUGCAGCAGUUUGACGCCGGCGGCGUGCCCGAAGACUACGUUCCCCCCGCCGGCCCUCUGGUCAAGAACAGCCUCACCCUGCCCCUCCGCGCGCCCUCUGCCCGCCGCGUGGAUCUCGCCGCCCUCCCCACCUUUGCCGACUUUCGCCGCCCAGCAAUGGAGAAUGUGCUCAAGAAGGACGCCUGCUCGCCGUUCGACGAGCCGACCCGCAAGUGGGCGUACCCUACACUGUCUCUCACGCUUCGAUUCCUGCGUCCCCUUGCCGCUGCGCCUGGUGAGGUGAACCCAGAGUGGCUGUACGUCGGAUGGCGCGAGCAGGCGCUCAAUGGCCGCGUGACGAGCGAGUUCAAGAUGGAGAAUGAGAACGGUGAGGCAAUUUGUGUGGGAAGCAUGGACACGAUCAUGCUGCCUAUCGAGUGGUUCAAGAUGUAG